GCGCUUCCACCCUUGGCGGGCUGCGGGCGUCUGCUCUCCGCCUCGGGCCAGGCAAAGGAGCGGCUGUUGGGCCCCGCCCGGCAGAGGCCAGGGGCCGUAGGCGGAGGGGUCAGCCUGGCCGCGGGGAUGGCGUGGCACGUGCGGUGAGGGCGCCCGCGCCCCGAGGGUCCCAGCGCAGCGCCUUGCAUCCCGGAGAGAGCAUGGAGCGCCCGGAGCCCGAGCUGAUCCGGCAAAGCUGGCGGGCGGUGAGUCGCAGCCCGCUGGAGCAUGGCACGGUCCUGUUCGCCAGACUGUUUGACCUGGAGCCGGACCUGCUGCCUCUCUUCCAGUACAGCGGCCGCCAGUUCUCCAGCCCGGAGGACUGCCUGUCCUCCCCGGAGUUCCUGGGCCACAUCAGAAAGGUGAUGCUCGUGAUCGAGGCUGCAGUGACCAACGUGGAGGACCUGUCCUCACUGGAGGAGUACCUUGCCGGCCUGGGCAGGAAGCACCGGGCUGUGGGCGUGAAGCUCAGCUCCUUCUCGACGGUGGGUGAGUCCCUGCUCUACAUGCUGGAGAAGUGCCUGGGCCCGGCCUUCACUCCGGCCAUGCAGGCCGCCUGGAGCCAGCUCUACCGAGUCGUAGUGGCCGCCAUGAGCCGGGGCUGGGACGGCGAGUAAGAGGUGGCCCCUACCCAGAGGGGCCCCAGCUCUCUGUUUGUCUGUCUGUUGGUCUGUCAUUGUAGCCCUGGCUCCCCGAGGCCUCCCUGCAUCUUGGUCCUUGUCCCCUUGGCCACACUGGAGAGGCGAUGGAACAGGGCCGGGUCCCCGGCCCACACGCGCGGCAGGAGGAGGGGCUUCUGCUCCAGGAAGGGGUUUCUGGGCUCCCCUCUUCCCUGGCCUCUUCCCUGCCUGCCUUCUCAGCUCCCCAGCCUCCCCCUCUUGCCCCAGGAGGAGGAGCAGAGUCUGGGGGCAGCGGUGGCGCGGGGCCGGAAGGGGCUCUGAGCCCGCGGGGCCCUUCGUCUGUCCGCCCUCUCGGGAGAGCCCAGGACGGGCGGCUGGGCUCCAGCACCUUCCAGGGCCGGUCUGGGCCAUGCUGCUUUCCUGCCGGGGUGUUCACGUUCCACAGCAGAGAAAGAGCAGCUUCGGGUGAGGGACAACGGUGGGUCCCCGCAGGGGAGCCGGGAGUGAGCUCCGGGAAGGGGUGCCCUGGCUCUUUGGGGCUCCCCUGCCUCUCGGCUGCUCGGUGUCCCCAGAGAUUGAAGUCUCGCUCGGCAGAACUUCCGGGGCCCCCUCAGCACUUCUGCUACUGCUCUGUGGGGACAACCAGGCGGGAGGGGCUGGGAGGUCGAGGACGAGGGGCAGCAGGCGUCCAGGGCUUUUCCUCAACCCCUGCCUCCAGCAAGGCCGUCUCCUCCCUUCUGCCUCUGUUCUGCUCAGCCUCUAGGGCGGGGGCCUCAGCGGCCAUAUUUACUGCCCCUGGCGUGCCAGUGCCUGGGCAGGCGGGGGGAGGAGGAAGCCGCAGGAAGGGCCCCGGCUGCUCCCAGCACCCGUGCUUGCGUUGCGCUCUGCUGUG